UCUGCCUGCUAGGCUACCAGUUCAAGUUUUACAACUGACCAGUUCGCGUCGCACUUAUCGCUAAACCAGUGAAGCAAUCGCGCUCUCGCCCUGAGUCUAAGUCGCGUCGAACGCCAACACAAACAAUCAACCAACCAACCUUGGAUUACGCAACAUUUCGCGGAUUUCUAUCAUCACACAGUGACAAACAACACAGCCAAAGCUAAUAAAAUGGUUGUAACCGCCGUUAGAGGAACGAUGAGUAUGGGAUCGUCAUUUGAGUACAAGAAGAGCGCUGCCGAAGCAAGUGCUAGUGGAAGCCUGAGUGAAGUGGAGAUCGGAUUGGUGGCAAAGCACGCGCUGAUGCUUGCCAACAUCGAAAACCGCCUGAUUAUGGGCUUAUCGGACGCGAUUAGCAAUCUCGCCAAAACGCCAGAGGAGUACUUGUUUUGCUUCUUGGCGCCACCCAAGCCCGGAGACAGUGCCACCCACAUACACGAGGUGCUGCUGCAGGCGUUCUGCUUCGAAAACGAUAUUUACAUAAUUAAGGUUGACAGUGCAGAAAAACUGAGCCGACUGCUUGGCUCCAGCACGGUGCAAUCGUGUGCACUGAUCCAGAAGACCUGGUCCGCGGACCACCAAACCGAGGUGCUUUCCAAAGUCGAGGACAAACUCGUAGACUACUGCGAAGAACAUUGGGAGGAGUCGGUCAAGCCAAUCGUCAAGCUGCCAGAAAAGUAACCGGUGCAAAGGUCUACCGAAAUCAGUGCCAACCUGAUGGACACACCAAACAAAAUUCGCGCGAAAUAUAGCGCAUUCAACGCGGAAGAUUUCCCCAGUCCGCGGAAUCCACUCGCGUUCGGUGAUACGGAAUGCAAAUUAGCACACGGCACAUGUGAUAACCAUCACCCUAGGUCGUACACAAAGUUUCAAUAUCUUUGGGGGUUUCCCUUGAGGUUGGAUAUUUGUCGAGAGUAAAGCAAACAGCUUUAGAAUAUCAAACAGACCUUAUUUGUGACAGUGCUGAAUGUAUCACUCGGAACGGUUGUGAUUCUGGCUACAGUUUAGUCGUGAAGUAGAGGACAUUAAUCGUAGGAAUUCCAAUAUGAUUCAAAUGAUUGUUAGGAACUCUAUUAUUGCUUAUGGAACAGCAGUUCAAGCAAGAAACAGUGAUUUACAAACCUAUGAAUAUGAUUUAUGUUAAAGUGAAAAAAAAGUUAUUUACAAAAUAUACAUAUAUAUAAUCAACAAAUCCAAAACAA